AACUCAAAGCAUAUAAUAUAUUCAUCAACUCUACUUUCGCUUUGCCAUAAUUAGCAAGCUAGAAGCAAGUUAAUUAUGGCUUCCAAAUUGAUAUGUUUUUUGGUAAUCUUUUCUCUAACAUCACUUUUUAUGGGUGCUUCUAAUGCUUGGCUUAUGCAGCCAGACUUUUAUGCCUCUAGUUGCCCUAAUGUUGAACAAAUUGUGUACAAUACUAUGAAGCAAGCCGUUAGUAAGGAACCACGUAUGGGUGCAUCUAUUCUUCGCUUGUUCUUCCAUGAUUGCUUUGUCAACGGUUGUGAUGCAUCUGUACUCCUAGAUGAUACACCAACAUUUACAGGGGAGAAAACUGCUAAAGCAAAUGCAAACAACUCAAUAAGGGGUUUUGAAGUGAUUGAUGCAAUCAAGUGUAAUCUUGAAGCUGCUUGCCCCCAAACUGUAUCGUGUGCAGACAUUCUAGCUCUUGCAUCACGAGACGGAGUUAGAUUGUUAGGAGGGCCCACAUGGAAAGUACCACUAGGUAGAAGAGAUGCAAGAACAGCAAGCCUAAGCUUGGCAAACCAAAACCUUCCACCCCCACGUUCAAGCCUUGCUAACCUCACUUCCCUCUUUGCAAGACAAAACUUAAACAUCAACGAAAUGACCGCCCUCUCCGGCGGCCACACCAUCGGCCUCGCUCGUUGCAUCAACUUCCGACCCCACAUUUACAACGACACCGACAUAGAUCCCACCUUUGCAGCCACUCGCCAAGCCAACUGCCCUAAACAAGCUGGGAAUGGAGACUUCAACUUAGCCCCUCUUGAUCGUCAAACACCAAACAAAUUCGACAACGAUUAUUUUCAAAACCUUGUUCAAAAACGCGGUCUAUUACAUUCGGAUCAAGAGCUUUACAAUGGUGGUUCUCAAGAUUCCUUGGUGAAGAAGUAUAGUACUAAUCAAGCUGUUUUCUUUCAAGAUUUUGUUGCAGCGAUGAUCAAGAUGGGGAACAUUAAGCUUCUUACUGGUACUAAAGGAGAGAUUAGAAUGAACUGUCGCGUUAUCAAUUAGAUUAUUGUUAAUAUCAUCAGUUUAUUUCAUAAUUCUGGUUUUAAUUACACUUGUACGUACUAUAUAUAAAUGGAAAUUUUGUGAAAAA